ACCGUCGUGUGUUGUUGACGUUGAGUCGUCGAGCAAUGAAAUUGGAAAGACUUUCACGUCGGAUUCUACGCACUGACACGCAAUGAGCACGUUUUUAAGUAAUUAACGUGAAUUAUGAAAAUAAUCCGCUGAAGAUGGGUGAUCACGUCGAUUUUUCCAAAUUGAUGCAAGCUGCCAGCGAGAAUAGGCAGAGCAGCGCAAACAAAAAUAGUCGAUAUCUUGUUACGAAGUUCAAACCGCCGAAGAAAGUCUCACGUCAGGAUGCUGCGCUAUCAGAUAAUAUUAAAAAUUUCAUGGCGAAAAAAGCUGAAGAGGAACGACAGAAGAAAGAGGAAGCGGAGAGACAAAAAAGGAAUUUGAUUGAAAAGCGAUCUGAGGAUUCGAAAGCGUUCAAACGUAUUCAGUUGAUGAAAAAAUCCACAAAGUCCGCCAGCAAGUCCGUCAUGGCAGAUGCUAUGGACGCCCAAGACCCUAUGGAUUCAAUGAGACAGCCAGAUGAAGACGACUAUGGAUUUUCUUCAACAACAGAAUCUGCCAUGUAUGAAAAAAUGAUGCGAGGUUACGUCUCUCAGAGUCAAGACAAAAAAACUACGCCUUCCAAAAAGCCAACAAGUAAUCUGAUCGCUACUAAAGCUAGAGUAAGAGAAGCUUUUGAAAGAGAACAGAUGGAAGCAGAAAUGCCACACCGAAGAAAAAGGAAACAGAAAUCGGAAGAGAGCACAACAACAAAGCACUCUGAAUAUUACGACGAUUACGAGGAAGCACCUGCAGCACCAGUGAAGCCCAAAAAGCCUCCUCCUCCGUCUUUAAUGAACUUCAACGAAAUGCUUCGAGCUGCACAGCUAAACAGAGACCGACCGAUGCUGGACGAUGACCCGGUCCGACUAAACCCAGUGAAGAAACCACCAGAACCAAGUGAACCAGAGAGACUUAUGACUAAAAAGGAGAGGCGCGAGUAUUUGAAAGAGAAGGAGUACCUGGAUAGAAAGGCUGAAAGGGCAAAAACGGGCGGCAAGAGUGUCCCUCAGGUGGCACCUUUAACUUCCGGAACAACUCUCGGUCGUAUUCCCAAAAUCCCAAAAAAAGAGCCAACUUCUGAUGAUCAGGCAGCCCGUGCAAGCCCCAGACCCAGUGAAAAGCCAAGCACAAGCCAUGAUAUGAAAAAAUGCAACGGGAAACCAAACUCUACGCUGAACAAAGUACCACCAAAACCUUUGGAAAAGGGUUCAAUCCUUGAAAAGAGACUAACAUUGCCUGAGAAAAGACCAGUUGUGCCUGAAAAAUCAAAACCACUUUUGCCUUCCAGUUCAAAAGUGCCUCCUCCGAAAACUGGAAAACCAUCUGGGCCCUCAAAAUCAGAGCCGAGACGAGAAAUUGAGAGGGAGAAGCCUUUAUUGCCCAACAAAACCCUGCCAAAGCCACAACCUGCAAAUGGAAAAGUACCUCCAAGACCUGCAACAGCCCCAGCGCCAAAAUCUGGACAAAUUCGGCCAGCAGUGCAAGAGAGAGGACGACUCCCAGUUGCAAAACCAACAAGUUCGGUCCCUGCAAGAACUUCUGGAGGCCCAGUUAGAUCUGAAGGAAGACCCCUAUCUGCGCAGGCCAAACCAGGACCAUCUAGGAUUGAUCCAGGUCGGCCAGCUGGAGGACCGCAGAGGCCACCAGGCGCUCCAGCAAGGCCUCCCGUAGUUCAAGGCCAACCUGACGGAAGACCUGCUGCUGCCUCCGGACGGCUAGUGAAUGGGUCAAUGAGGCCUGGUCAGCGACCAGGAGGACCACCGAUGAGGAGACCCGUGGGUGGUGAUUACCCCAGGGGACCUCCAAUGAAGAGGAGUAAAAUGGCCAUUCCCAGCGAUUCUGAGUCGGAAGUUGAUUCCGAAAUGGACGACUUCAUAGACGACACGCCGCAGGAAAAUGAUCUUGAUCUUUCAUCUGUUCUCAAAAAUGUUUUUGGAUACGACAAGAGAAAAUACAUGGCAAGGGACUUCGAUGAUGACGAUGAGUGUAUGGAGUCUAGUUAUGACCAAAUAAAUAAAGAAGAGUUCAUCAGUAAAAAAGCAGGUAUUUUGGAGGAUUUGGCUGACAUUGAGAGAAAGAAGCGCUUAAAGGAGGCUGCUAAAAAGCGGAAAGGUCAGAGAUAAUUUUUUCAAUAGUGUAUUGGGUGAUGCGUUGUGGCUUGUGAAACUUGAAAUUAUUAUAAUGAUUUGUUACUUUUUAAAUAAAAUUUCUUGGAUAUAGUAUCCACAAGGCAGA